AUGCUCAAAACAUCGAAUCUCCUGCUCUUCAAAGAGAUCUGAAUGAAUCUGGUAAACAAAAUCACAAAGAGAUUCACAAAGGUUUAGAAUAAAGCAUUUUAAACUUUGCGUGAGUUCAGGUGAAAUGACGGUCACGGACAGAUCAAAGUAAGGGAUUAGAAGGAAUUUCAGGCUGCACUGAGAAUGUGGAAUGCCCACACCCACCCGCUGGAGCAGAGAGAGCUGAAGGUCAUCGUUUAGCACUGGAACAGUUUACAAAGAUUUCUCAUCUGUGCUGUCCCGGUCUGGUCUGAUUCCUCCACUCAACUAAAGGCACAUUGGUCUGAACCUUCCCACCUCAGCACCAGCAGAGACGUGGCCAGAAUCCAGGGCAAUGGAUAAAAAUCUCCGAAUUGUCAUGCAGCGUGACAGAAUGGAUGGUAAUCAGGAGAGCAGUCUGAAGCAUGAACUGACAGAGUUGUUGUUCGCUUGCAUAGCCGAUGGGAAUAUGGAGGAACUUAACAGAAUACUCAGCAUUGUUCAGGCGACCCAAGUGAAGCUGACGGAGCUAACAGAUCCGAGGACAGGGAAGAGCUGCCUGAUGAAAGCGUUACUGAAUCUGAACAGCAAUACCAACGAAAUCAUUGAGAAACUGUUUGCAGUCGCAGAGAGAGAUAAUUGUUUAAAACCACUGAUUAAUGCUGCAUAUUGUGAUAAAGAUUAUAAAGGUCAGACCGCCCUCCACAUUGCGAUCGAAAGACGCUGCCUGGACAUUGUCAAACUCCUGCUGGAGAAAGGAGCUGAUGUCAACAUCAAGGCCAAUGGGAAAUUUUUCACACCCAGCAGAAAAAAUCGCAGCAGCUUCUAUUUUGGUGAACUACCGCUGGCCCUAGCUGCCUGCACCAACCAACCCGAGAUCGUUACACUUCUCCUGAACCACCCGGGAAUAAAGAUUGGAGAGCAGGACUCGAGGGGGAACACCGUCCUCCACGCACUGGUCACUAUCGCAGACGACACAGCGGACAACACAAAGGUCGUGACAGAAAUGUACAACAAGAUCUUGAUUGAAAACAAACAGAGCAACCUGGAGGAUAUAAAGAAUGUAAAAGGACUGACCCCAUUACAGCUCGCAGCCAAACUGGGCAAGUUUGAGAUAUUCAGGAGUAUCCUCGGAAGGGAAAUGAAAGACAAGGAACACAUGGAUCUCUCUCGGAAAAUUACUGACUGGGCGUAUGGUCCCAUUUCGUCUUCACUCUAUGACAUCACUGGAGUGGACACAUUUGAGAAGAAUUCCGUUCUGAAAGUUGUCGUCUUUAACACAAAGAUCCAGAACAGACACCUAUUGCUCUCUGUGGAACCUCUGAACACUCUUCUGCAGCAGAAAUGGGAGAAAUUUGCAGUCUAUAUGUUCGCUAUCAACUUCCUGCUGUAUGUGUCUUACGUCAUCACUUUCACUGCCAUUUACUUCAACUGGUCUCAUGCAAACAAGACGGACAUCAUGUCCACGACACCAGGACAACUACAUGGACAGAUUUUUAUUUUAAUAUGGGCUGUUGCCUUACUUUUCAUAGAAGUAGCAUCAAUAAUUCACUUGAGACUUUCUGACCUUCAAUCAAUAAUGACAGACGCAUGGUUCCACAUCCUGUUCUUUUUGCAGUCUGGGCUGGCAGUCUUAUGCACAAUAUUAAACUGGGCAGGUGUGGAGUUCCACCUGGCGAUCCAAGUGUUGGCUAUGGCUCUGAGCUGGAUUAAUAUCCUGUACUAUACCCGUGGGUUCCAGAGCAUGGGAAUCUACAGUGUUAUGCUACAGAAGAUUCUGCUAACCGAUGUUGUGCAAUUCCUGUUUAUUUAUUUACUGUUCCUAAUCGGAUUUGGUACAGCACUUGCCUCCCUGAUUCAGGGAUGUCAGGACGAGGAACAGUGCAGUGCUUUCACCAGCUUCAACACUGCAAUUCUGGAGCUAUUCAAGCUAACCAUUGGACUGGGUGACCUGGAAGUACAGAAACAAGUAAAAUACCCAGAGCUCUUCCUCUUCGUGUUGGUGUUGUACGUUGUCCUGACCUUUGUCCUCCUGUUGAACAUGCUGAUCGCACUGAUGGGGGAGACCGUGGAGAACAUUUCUAAAGAGAGUAAGAACAUCUGGAAACUACAGAGAGCAAGAACCAUUCUGAAUCUGGAGAAGUUUUUGCCAAAGUAUCUGAAGGAGAAAUUUCAACUGGGAAAAACAUUUCACGGCAAGAGAUACAUCAGGAUCAAAGAAGUUAACUGGACAAAGUGGAACACCAGUUUAGCUCGCAUUAAUGAAGACCCAGGUAACGAUGAGGAAGAUGAUCACACAAUACAUCACUCAUUGCGACCGAGAAGAACCUCUUUCAAAAGGCCAUUGCACUUGUGGGGUAGGAGAAAAUGGAAUCAUGGCUCCCCCACAGACAGGAAGCAGCAACAGCAGCACCUUCAAUCAAACAUGGAGAUGAUUUGUCCACAAGAUGCAUCACAAAUUUGAGGAUAAGGAAUUGUAAGGAAGCAUACAACAACAGCCAAAGUGAAGAUGCAAUGAUUGAACAAGUUUAUCCCGAAAUAUUUCACCUCACUCAUUAGUGUUAACUUGACCAGUUUCUGGACAGAAGGCAUGAGCAGUAAAUGCUGCCGAGCAAGUGAUGCCCUCACGCAGUGACCGAAUAAAGAAAACAAUUCAAAUUCCAUUUCUGAAGCGAGUGCACAAGUUUCAGGUUGAACUUCCAAAGCAGUCCUGAGGAAGUAUAAAUUUCCAAUGAGACAUGAAAGUUCAAUACAUAAAAAAAAAAAUCAAAGGGUAUUACUCAAGUAUCUAGCCCAUAUUCUUCUCUCAAAACACCAUCCAAAAAAAGUUUGUCAUUGUUACAAAGAAAUAAAAAUGGAUGAUUGGCUCCUGAUGAAGAGCUUAUGCUUGAAACAUUGACCCUCAUGUUCCUGAUGCUGCCUGACCUGCUGCGCUUUUCCAGCGUCACACUGUGUGACUCUGAUCUCCAGCAUCUGCAGUCUCACUCUCUCCUAGCAGUGGAAGCAGUAGAGUCUGGUACGACUCUUCAGUUCUGAAGGGGAAUCCGUAGACUUUUCCCCACAUAUGCCACCAGACACGUUCAGUUUCUUUAGCACUUUUGGUUUUCCUGCCAAAAACCAAUUGGUAUUUGUGUGCUCCCUGUGGGAUGUUCACCACAGUUGAUGAACAGUAAUGAUCUGGAAUAGACUGCCUGAAAUGGUGGCGCGAGCAGAUUAAGUGGUAACGCUAAAAAUGAAAUUACACAUGAAAAAGGGAAAGAUUUGCAGAAAUCUGAGAACGAACAAUGAGGUCAAACAAGGAGUUGGUAUAGGUAGUGGAGUGGAUGGCCCCCUGUACUGUAUGAUUCUAGCUCAUUAUACACACGAAACACCUUGUACCUGUGACACAAACGUGAGCUUUUUAUACCCUCACUGUGUAGGAUGGAUAAAUUGAAC